UUUCAUUCAGUUUUUGAAUCCAAGUUUUCACAUUUUCACACAAUGUCCACCAUCCACGUCACUUCCAAGGCCGAGUUCGACACUCACAUCAACGGCGACAAGCUCGUCAUUGUCGACUUUUACGCCACCUGGUGCGGCCCAUGCAAGAUGAUUGCCCCUCAAAUCGAGAAGCUCGCCGCCGAGAACACUGGCAUCACCUUCCUCAAGGUCGACGUCGACGAGCUUGAGGACGUCGCUGCUUCCUGCAGCAUUAGCGCUAUGCCCACCUUCCAGGCCUUCCGAAAGGGCUCCAAGGUCGGCGAGGUCAUUGGCGCCAACGUUAAGGCUGUUAUCGAGCUUCUUUCCAAGUAAAGCAAAAACACUUUUUUGCCUUUAUCAGUUUGUGUUUUUUUUUUGCACUGGUGUUGUUUUCGCGAUGACUGUCAUCCAUGCAGCCUUGUAAAGCAUUACAAAGUGCAAUCAGAUCUUGCGAGUUGUUGUAGCUGGUCUUGUCUGUUUGAAUUUCAAACGAACGGCG